AACUGUUGUUUUAUGUGAAAAAUAAUUGUGUUUCGGUCUCAACAUUUCGUGAAAGUUACAUUUUCUUACGUGCGAAAAAUUAAAUCUGGCGCCAUUUUGCUUGCUCCGACGAUAUGACCCAUUGUUGUAAAGAUCACACGAUGUGAGAAACCCACGUGGUCUGACAAGUAGCAGUUAUUCCACUAAUUCGUUGUGUGAGUGUAAUAUUUUUCAAGACGUCCCCUAAGAAGAUUCUUACCAAAUAGCAUCACAAAUAUAAAGUGUAAUCCUGGCUAGAUACUUGGGACAAGCCAUGAAGUAUAUUUUGGUGACCGGUGGUGUCAUUAGCGGAGUUGGGAAGGGUGUACUAGCUAGCAGCGUUGGUACCAUUCUCAAGUCCACUGGUGUGAGAGUCACCUCCAUCAAGAUCGACCCCUACAUUAACAUUGAUGCUGGCACCUUCUCUCCUUACGAGCAUGGUGAAGUGUUUGUACUUAAUGAUGGUGGAGAAGUUGACCUUGACCUUGGCAACUAUGAGAGAUUCCUGGAUGUGACAUUGCAUCGGGACAACAACAUCACAACAGGGAAGAUCUACCAGCACGUGAUCAACAAGGAGAGAAGAGGAGGCGACUAUCUAGGAAAAACUGUACAAGUUGUGCCACAUAUUACUGAUGCUAUCCAGGAAUGGGUGGAGAGGGUAGCAAAGGUCCCAGUUGAUGGGGACAAAAAGCCUGAUGUUUGCAUAAUUGAGCUUGGUGGAACUAUUGGCGACAUCGAAGGUAUGCCAUUUGUGGAAGCUUUCCGACAGUUCCAGUUUCGAGUUGGGAGGGAGAACUUUUGCUGUGUCCACGUCAGCUUAGUUCCUCAGCCACGGACAACAGGGGAACAGAAGACAAAACCCACGCAGGCCAGUGUAAGAGAGCUACGUGGCUUGGGACUCUCGCCAGAUCUGAUUGUUUGUAGAAGUGCCAACCCCCUUGCUAAUGAGUCGAGGGAGAAGGUGUCACUCUUCUGCCAUGUGGCUCCAGCACAGGUGAUAUGUAUACACGAUGUGUCGUCCAUCUACCGUGUCCCUCUCCUGCUGGAGAAGCAGGGUGUGCCUGACUUCUUCGUCAACCGGCUCCAUCUUCCAGUCCCCCCAGUUCAACCCCAACGCCUGCUGUUGCGCUGGAAGGAGCUGGCGGACAGGUACGACAGGCUGCUGAAGGAAGUUACAAUAGUGUUGGUGGGGAAGUACACCAAGCUGGAAGAUUCCUAUGCUUCUGUCGUCAAGGCUCUCAAACAUGCUGCUCUUGCUGCUAGUCACCGACUGGAUCUCAAGUAUAUAGAAGCAGCUCACCUAGAGCCGUCCAUGCAGCAUGAAAAUGCACAGUGCUAUCACCAGGCAUGGAGAGAGCUGGUUGGUGCCAACGGUAUCAUCGUUCCUGGUGGUUUUGGUAGUCGAGGCACUCUAGGAAUGAUCAAGGCUGCCAACUGGGCCAGGACAAAGAAGGUCCCAUACCUGGGGGUGUGUCUGGGACUGCAGUGUGCUGUCAUAGAGUUUGCCAGGAACGUGAUAGGUUGGGAGGAUGCUCACUCUACAGAGUUUGAUUCUAAAACAUCCAAUCCUGUGGUGAUCGAGAUGCCGGAGCACAACCCAGGCCAGAUGGGUGGAACCAUGAGGCUUGGACAAAGGAAGACAAUCUUCAGGACAAAGGAUUCUUUACUUAGGAAGUUGUAUCAUAACAAGGACAAUGUUGAUGAGAGACAUCGCCACAGAUAUGAGGUGAACCCCACAGUGGUGGAGGAGCUGGAGAAGAAGGGCCUGAUGUUUGUGGGACGCAGCGAGGAUGGUGAACGGAUGGAGAUCAUGGAACUGAAAGAUCAUCCCUACUUUGUUGGUGUGCAGUACCAUCCUGAAUACAUCUCCCGCCCAAUGAAGCCUUCUCCUCCUUAUCUUGGUCUUCUGCUGGCAAGUUGUGGGCGCUUACAGUCAUACGCUAAUCGUGGCUUCAGACUCUCUCCUAAAAUGUCCUAUUGUGAAGACGAAGAUGAACUUUCUGAUGAAGAACUCACCAAUAUCACAUCACAGAUGAACUUGGACACCUCAAACUCAAACUCAUCUUAGAAGUUGUUAGGUCGACCUGAAACAGUUUCAUGCGUCAUGGAGGAAAGUAGGAGACUCAAUAAUGUAGGUCUGGAUAUAAGAUUACAGAGAGUUACCAUGACUGGGCUGUGAAAUUACGGGUUUGCUGUCACUCUGGAUUAAGGCAAGGAAAUAAACGGAUUUAUGUCCAGUCCCACCCUUGCAGAACUAGGCAGGAAUUUCAUGUCUAGACUGUCAUACUAUUUGUAUUAAUAUAAUAUGGGCAUUUGUAAUGCACUGAAUUCCACACCACGAAGGGGCACGCUCGAGAGCUACAAUCUGAUUAUUAUUACCCAGGUAAACCCAAACUGCCUUUGAGGCGUUAGAAUGUUAAUUGUCCCAUAACUUGAAUUGUCCCACCAGGUGCCCAUUUUCUGCUGGGUGAACAGAGGCAAUUUUGAACAAACUCACUUGCCUAAGGUGAGGCCACAUGUAUCACAUGUGCUUCGUUGUGUGGCAGGACUGAAGUCCUAGAAACUCUCAGGAGUCAAGCUGCCAAACAUGGUCACCCACCCAAAGACUCUCUGCGUUGCUUACUUCAACUGAUUGUGACCUGAGCUCUGUGCACAGGACCACACACCACCUUUUAACCUUUAAACAUGAUGGUGGUGGCCAGACAGGUCUGUUGUGAAGUGCAUCAAAAUCACUAGAUUAAAAACAAGAAAAGAUUGCAGAACUGUCUGUUGACAACCAGAUGAUGGUGAACAUGUUUUGCAAAUCCUGCUUUCAACCACAUUCUGAACAGCAGUUGACAUGUUUACCAAUCGGAUUGACAAUUUUUAUUGGACUAUGCACAGACAUGUUAGUCCAGCCAAAAUAUGACUAAGAAAUUCCAGACUAGUUUGACAAUGGUGGAAACUGGACUACAACACGUUAAGGCUUUUCAGACACUUAGAACAUCUUGUUGCCUUGAUUAUCACAUGGACAAUUGCAAAAUGUCACUAACUUAUUAAAAACAACUUGAACACAAGCCAUCAUCCCAGUAUUUACAAUGACUGUGGGACACAGCCCACCUCGUUAUAGCACGAGGAAACACUGACAUCCGAAAACGAAUGAUCAAACGAUAAAGUCAAUUAACUCCUUGCCUUGUGAAGAUGAAAGUACGAUCAGUGUUACGAUGACUGUGUUGUUUCGGUGACAUCACAGGUCAAGGACAAAUUGCAUUUCAUAUUUUGUUGAAAAAUUCUUAAUGUUAAGUGUACCAAUAGUGGAAAACAAUGACAAAAUCUUAAAAAUGGAUACAUUUAUUAGUUAUGUUAUAAUAAUGCCCAUCCAUGACUGUUUGGGUGUUCUUAAGUCAUUCCAACUGUUUCCCUUCUGUACAUGUACAAAUUGAAAAUUGUAUGAUUUUUAUAGUUGAGAGAAAUUUUUGAACUUGUUUAUGUGAUUGAUUUAAGACGUAUGUUCAAACUUGUUUUUCCUUCUUAGAUUUGUUCUGUAUUGUGUGGACAUUAGCGUAGAUGUUGUAACCUGUCCGUGUUUUGGUUUAUGAAUGGUUGGAAGGAAACAUGGCUCCAUAUACUAUUUGUCUAGAACAGAUUUUGUUAACUGGUAUUGUGCUGUAUGGGAGCAGGUUUCAGUGGGAAA